UCCCCCAAAACAUGGCAGCUCUCUGGUGCUUGCGCCACACCGUGUUGAAGGUUGACAGCGAAAUCCUCAAAGUAGCGUAAAUAUGCUCAACCUCACUUUACGAGAGGUUUCCGUUGCAUUCAGAGAGGGAAAGAUCUCUCCAACUGAGCUGUGUAGGAAAUGCUUGAACCGCAUCAAGCAGAACCAGCAUCUAAAUGCUUACAUCACAGUGACAGAGGAACUAGCCUUGAAGCAGGCUCAAGAAGCAGAGACCAGACUACUAAGAGGUACCCCUAAAGGUCCUCUUGAUGGAAUCCCUUUCGCAGUCAAAGACAACUUUUGCACGAAAAAUGUCAAGACCACAUGUGCGUCGAGGAUGCUUAAAGACUACACUCCACCGUACAGCGCUACAGUCGUGCAGAAGCUGUUUGACCAGGGAGCUGUUCUCAUUGGGAAGACCAACAUGGACGAGUUUGCCAUGGGUUCGGGCAGUACUGAUGGUGCAUUUGGGCCAGUGAGGAACCCGUGGAGCUACGCUACUCCCUACUGUGAGCGCACCGGUGCGGUACCGGACUCUGACUGGGUUAUCUCUGGAGGAAGUUCAGGAGGAAGCGCAGCAGCUGUGGCCUCCCUGACCAGUUACCUAGCUUUAGGGUCGGACACAGGUGGUUCCACCCGUAACCCAGGAGCACUGUGUGGUGUUGUGGCUCUGAAGCCAACGUAUGGGCUGCUGUCAAGAUAUGGCCUUAUACCUCUGGUCAACUCCUUUGACGUUCCAGGCAUUAUGACACGAAGUGCCAGCGAUGCAGCCAUUAUUUUAAGUAUUCUCCAAGGCGUUGACACAAAAGACUCAACAACAGUUCCUGCACCCCCAUCGUCAACAGAGCUGCCUGAAAACCUAGACGUCAAGAACCUCUUCGUAGGCAUUCCAAAGGAGUUCUACCCCCCUGGACUGUCCAAGGAAACUGUUUCAGAGUGGAGUCGGGUAGCUGACAUGUUUGAGAAAUCGGGUGCACGCGUGGAGCAAGUGUCCCUUCCCCACAGUCAGUAUUCCACUGCCUGUUACCACAUUUUGUGCUGCGCUGAGGUGGCAUCGAACAUGGCGUGUUUCGAUGGCCUACAGUAUGGCCAUCGUAGCCAAAUGGACAGUUCCACAGAGGUCAUGUAUGCCACCACACGACAUGAGGGUUUCAAUGAUGUUGUGAGAGGCAGGAUAUUAUGUGGAAACUACUUCUUGCUGAAACAAAACUACGAGCAUUACUUCUUGAAAGCCCAGAGGGUUUGUCGACUGAUUGCAGACGAUUUCAAACACGUGUUCAACUCGGGUGUCGAUGUUCUGCUGACACCCAUCACUCUCUCAGACGCCCCGCGUUACAACGACUUCGCACAAGAAGACAACCGCACGCGCAGCUUGCAGGAGGAUGUCUUCACCAUUCCCGCCAACACGGCAGGUCUCCCCGCUGUUUCUGUGCCAACUUCCUUAUCCAGAAAAGGCCUUCCCAUUGGCUUACAGCUCAUAGGGCCCGCCUUCCGAGACAAGAAGCUGCUUAGUGUUGCCCAGUGGAUCGAACAAAGGGUUGGGUUUCCCUCCAUCAGUGACUUUGAGGAAUCCAGCAGGCAGAGUUCCAGUUACAAUCAUAGCUUUGCAGGGGUGCAGAGAUGAAUAAAUGAGAUGAAGUAGUAGCCCACUGUAACCUCUGCAAUCCGGUAUGAGAUAAUCAUGUAUUAGAGAUUGAAAUUAUUUUAUUGCCUUACUGUGACUCUUAAUCCGGCGGCACAGUGGCCGACUGGUUAGAGCGUCAGCCUCACAGUUCUGAGGACCCGGGUUCAAUCCCCGGCCCCGCCUGUGUGGAGUUUGCAUGUUCUCCCCGUGCCUGCGUGGGUUUUCUCCGGGCACUCCGGUUUCCUCCCACAUCCCAAAAACAUGCAUGAAUUGGAGACUCUAAAUUACCCGUAGGCAUGACUGUGAGUGCGAAUGGUUGUUUGUUCCUAUGUGCCCUGCGAUUGGCUGGCAACCAGUUCAGGGUGUACCCCGCCUCCUGCCCGAUGACAGCUAGGAUUGGCUCCAGCACGCCCGCGACCCUAGUGAGGAGAAGCGGCUCAGAAAAUGAAUGAAUGAAUGAAUGACUCUUAAUCCAGUAAAAAGGAACAGACUUCAGCCAUGUGACCAGAGCCAAAUGUUGAUAGUUAGUUACUACAUCUUGACCCAUGUAAAAUAAUAGAGAUUUUAAUGUGUACACUUUCUUCCUCUGUGUUUCAACCGCUCAACCCUUUGAUAGGAAUUACAGUGCCGUGAAAAAAGUAUUUGCCCCGUCUCAAAUCUGGCCAAAAUAUCUCAAAAAGAGGCAACAAAAUGCCACAAUCCAAAUACAUUUAACAGAUGAGAAAUAAAGUAAUUGACAUUAAUCAGUCUGGGAAGGAUUACAAAGCCAUUUCUAAAACUCUAGGACUCCAAUGAACCAUGGUGAGCAUCAUUGUCCCCAAAUGGAGAAAACAUAGAUCAGUGCUGAACCUUCCCAGGAGUGGCCAGCCUACAAAAAUUACUCCCAAGAGCAACAGCGAGCAACAGUUCGUGACUUCAAACUGAACCACACUUGGUUUCUGCAGCAGGACAACGAUCCAAAACACAUUAGCAAGUCAACUUGUGAGUGGCUUUAAAAAAAAAAAAAAAAGGUUUUGGAGUGGCCUUGUCAUAGUCCAGACUUGAAUCCGAUUGGAAUGCUGGGGCAUGUCCUUUAAAAGGUUGGGGAAUUGAUUUUUCCCACACAGAGCCAAGUAGCUUUGAAGUUAUUUUUCCUUCAAAAAAUAAAAUUUAAAAAACAGCAUUUUAUGUUUACUUUGGUAUUUUGUGUUGCUACGUGAACAUUUGUUUAAGAAAAAAUAAUAAUAAGCACGCUUAUUAUCUUGGUUUAAGUUCUAUAGAAGUGGAGCUUAAUGACCAUGAGGGAAGUGUGGAUCUUAAGGUGAGACUAAUUGAGAAGCUGUGCAUUUAAAUGUCACGUGAGCGCAGAUGAAAUUAGCCCAGUCCGCCAAUAACAGAGCUGGAAAGGUGCUUAAAGAAGUGUUCACAGAAACUCAAAUAACCUCCUCUUGGUGACUUGGGUUCCAAAUAACCCUGACCUCGUUCCCUGCUAAUUGGCCCAAAUAUGCUUGCUUGGAUAAUUAACAUUUUAAAUAAAUGUAUAUACAAGUACCUGUUUAAAUGUUUUUUCUGUUCUA